AUGUUCAAGCCCAUGGAACAGGUUCCGCCCUUAGUAUCGGACGCUCUCAUCCCCGAAGGGAAGUUGUCUCUGGGACGCACGCCGGGAACGGUCAAAAUCCGGAUCACCUGUAAAACAACAGUGCGAGACGAAGCGCAGAUGCCACCUGAAAACAGUCAUAGGCAGCCAGUCACGAAGGAGGAGGCGAUGUUGCGGUGGCAGACUGAUAUCAAGUUUUCUCUGGUGGGCUAUCCAGUGUUCCGUACAGUACGCGAUCUGCCUUCGAAGAGUGUUGUGAAAUCGAAGCGGAUGUACAAGGCAGUCCGCCAUAAUAAACCAGCGAACCUAUCCAAAGCCCAUUUCCAUGUGCGAACACUGGUAGCAAAGGUUGCCUUCUUUUCAAAUUGCAUGUCCCCAUCAGCAAGUGGUAGCAUGCCUGCAGCUAAAAGUGACGCCCAACUACAGGCUAGUUCUAUCAUUUCAGCUUUAUAUUUCACUAUCGAGGAUUCACAUCCACCUCGUGCGACCCACAUCUCUUUUCUGUUCGCACUGCUUGAUUUCUCUGUCACACAUACUGCUUACUCACCGGAAUCUCCAAAGCUUACUUUUUAUCCGGCUGGGAAACCUUUCGUGCUGCGCUUUGCUCCUUGGCUGAGCGCUCACGGGAACGCCAUGCGUACAUCUAUUCACCGUCCGGAUGGUUGUGCAGCGACGUAUGCUUCAAACCCUCAAUUCUAUUGCAAGUCUCUUUCUGUUAUCGGGAGCGUGGGAUAG